CGUCCCCCAGCCCUGCCCCUGCGGAACUGCGCCGACCAAGAGAACACGGGGGAGGGCGUGGGGGCGGGAGCGACAAGCACGUCGCCGGCAGCGUACUCUUGGCGCUGCGUUCCCACGGUCCCCUCUUCGUGCCGACGGCCCCCGGUCCCGCUGCCUGCCUGGGCAGGCCAGGGAGCUGCGUGACCUUAGCGGCGGUGACAUGGCCCAGCGGGCAGAAAUGGAAAAUCCUGAAGUGUCUGUGAGCAGCUGCAGUACUCGUGAUGAUGAAGAUCUUUGCAGCUACAAACGCCAGCUUUCAGUAUCACAGGAGGGACUUUUGGAAGAUCAGCUUAGAAGGAAGUUAAAAUUCUUCUUCAUGAACCCAUGUGAGAAAUUCUGGGCCCGGGGCAGGAAGCCUUGGAAACUUGGAAUUCAGCUACUCAAAAUAGCAAUGGUUACUAUUCAGCUGGUGGUUUUUGGAUUGAGCAAUCAGAUGGUGGUUGCCUUCAAAGAAGAGAACACUGUUGCAUUCAAACAUCUCUUCUUGAAAGGAUAUAUGGACAGAAUGGAUGAUACCUAUGCUGUGUACACACAAACAGAUGUCUAUGACCAGAUUUUCUUUGCAAUAAACCAGUACUUAAAGCUGCCCAACAUUUCUGUUGGAAACCAUGCUUAUGAAAAAAGGGGAGCGGAAGAGACAGCUUUGGCUCUGUGUCAGCAGUUCUACAAGCGAGGAACCAUCUGUCCUGGAAAUGACACCUUUGACAUAGACCCAGAGAUUGUGACUGACUGCUUGUACAUUGAGCCAAUGAUGCCAUUAGACAAUACAACAGUGGGAAAGCACAAUUUGAAUUUCACUCUGGAUUUCCACAGACUGGUGGCAGUGCAACUCACGUUCAAUCUGAAGGCAAUCAACCUCCAGACUGUUCGUCACCAUGAGCUCCCCGAUUGUUACGAUUUCACUCUGACAAUAGUGUUUGAUAAUAAAGCACAUAGUGGAAGAAUUAAAAUAAGUCUAGACAAUGACAUAUCAAUCAGGGAAUGUAAAGAAUGGCAUGUGUCUGGAUCAAUACAGAAGAACACUCAUUACAUGAUGAUCUUCGAUGCUUUUGUUAUAUUGACUUGUUUGGCCUCAUUGAUCCUUUGCACGCGAUCAGUGGUUAAAGGAAUUCGGCUACAAAGGGAAUUUGUAAGUUUUUUCCUAUAUUAUUAUAAGAAACAAGUAUCUUUCAGUGAUCAAAUGGAAUUUGUCAACGGUUGGUACAUCCUGAUUAUGGUUAGUGAUGUCUUAACUAUUGUUGGAUCAACUCUAAAAAUGGAGAUACAAGCUAAGAGUCUGACAAGUUAUGAUGUCUGUAGCAUACUCCUGGGAACAUCCACUAUGCUUGUGUGGCUUGGAGUCAUCCGCUACUUAGGUUUCUUUCAGAAGUAUAAUCUUCUCAUCCUAACAUUGCGAGCAGCAUUACCUAAUGUAAUGAGGUUCUGCUGCUGUGCUGCUAUGAUCUACCUGGGCUAUUGUUUCUGUGGAUGGAUUGUACUGGGACCAUAUCAUGUGAAGUUUCGCUCCCUGAACAUGGUUUCUGAAUGCCUUUUUUCAUUGAUCAAUGGAGAUGACAUGUUUGCCACAUUUGCAGAAAUGCAACAGAAAAGUUACUUGGUUUGGUUAUUCAGCAGGAUCUACCUCUACUCCUUCAUCAGCCUUUUCAUCUAUAUGGUGCUGAGUCUCUUCAUUGCUCUCAUUACAGAUACAUAUGAAACUGUCAAGCAUUACCAGCAAGAUGGCUUUCCAGAGACAGAGCUUCAGAGAUUUGUAUCACAGUGCAAAGAUCUACCAAACUCUGGCAGGUACAGGUUAGAGGAGGAGAGUUCUGCAUCUAUCUUCUGUUGUUUUAAUGGUUGUAGUGAACAUACUUAAUGGAGUGUGGGAGUGUAUCAUGGAGGCUUUGAAGCAGCAAGAACUGGACUAUGGAGCUGGUAUAAAACCUUUAUACCUAAAACCUGUGAAAAUUGCUUUUCUUGAAAACCGGUGUAAGCCUGUGGCAGACGCUUAUGAUGCACGUACAGUCUUUGUGACUAGGUACUGUCACUGCUAGUUCAGGGUUUGGGGGGUUUGGGGGUUUCUAUUAACUUCAUGACACUUUUUUUUUCCUCAGUUAAAUUGUGCUAGAAUACAGAGGGCAUUAAAAACCAGUCUGUGUUCAGGUACUUCACUAGAUUAUAUGAGUAGUCUAGAAAUGCAGUAACUGGAAUUGGAGAUAAUGCUGGGCGACUGCAACUUGAACAGCAGCCUAACCCUCAAUACUACAGGAGUUACCUAGGUGUGACUGACUCAUCACUGAAUGAACGAAAGCUCAUCGUAGAGCCCUCGGCAUUUUUUGGUUUUCUGCACUCAUAGUAAAACUAAACUAAAACUAUGAAAUUUCAUGUAAUUUAUUUCUGGAGACAUUGCUAUUCACAUAUAGCAGAG